AUGCCUCACUGGCUGAGUGGCGGUAUUAUAGUUGGACGAGUGGAAAUCAUGAAGAAGUUCAUUCGACAGUACCGGCUGGUAAGAGACGCGCUAAUGGAGAGGAACCUUACGGGGGACGAUCAGAUGAUUCUCUACAGCAUGUUUUCUGAUUCCACCCUUGGUAUUAGCUUGAAUGUUGACAUACAGACCUAUGAAGACAUCUACCGUAAUACGUCUAACGUUUGGUUUUAUCUCGGCUACGCGAUGAAGUCUGAGACGCCAUAGAAUGUGCCGCAGAUGGCCCUCUCCGUUAAGAUGAGACGGCAAGGCCCAAAACCAUUCAGUGAACCCUGCCCCACCAUGAGCGCACCAACCGUCUCCCAUCCGGUUCUCGAUGAAUUGGCUAAAAGAUGUGAAAGUCGAACUCUACAGGUGAAGAACGUCGGCAACCUGCUGGACUGCCUGUGA